GUUCUGCAGCGAGGAAUGAAGCCUUCAAUUUGACGAAUGCGGAAAUGCAAAUUAUAACACAAAAAACAAUUUUCAAUCAUAUUUCAACGAAUACGAAUCAUAUGGAACUCAUUGUUUCAAAUUAUAUCUCAAAUUUGAUGACUAGAAUUUGUAGUGAAUGUCUCACUGUGAACAUUGUGCUUAAUCAAUAGAAGUAUCGAACUAAAUCGAGUCAACAUAAAUAGUUUUGACGUUGACACACGUAGAGCACACGUUGACUAUCUGGUUUACUUCUUCCAGUAAUGUGUUUUUAAAAAUUAUCAGUUUAAUAAUCGCGUCUAACGUGAAGUGAUCACGGAUAAAUUGUUCUCACGACCGACGAAAGAAGAUGCUGGCAAAUCAUGUUGGAGCCACUGAUAGUUUUGACAGUGCUGAAUUGUAUUUUCAUGUUCAGUUCCACAGUCACGACUUGCGCAUUGUGGUGGCAGUAUCAGAGCCAUCGCUGCGCUAGGAAAUACGCUGCUCGGCAAAAAUCAGACUUGAAGAGAUCGAGGAGCAAUUAUACCCUGCAAAACGCUAAAAAGCCUGGGCAACCUAACACUCAGGAUGUCGACGCUGUCAACACGUCCAAUGCAAAUGUCAAUCGUGAACGGAAGUGUCAAGGAUGUCAGAAGAGAAGAUCUAAGAAAAGUUUGGAAUAUCCGACAACACAUGAGAGAAGAAACAGGGAGAAAACGUCACCUCUGAAUGGCCCGAAUGCGGCAAACUUCGAGAAGAAAACGAGAACGUCGGAGGCUUCCCAGACAGUAAACGAUACGAAAUCAACGGUCGUGAUGGAAUUCUCAACCGUCCAGAAAGUUGUGCAGAUCCUCGAUAACGACUCCGACGUUAAUCCAGCGCGAGCCCCUUUUAAGGAAAUUGUUAUCCAGAAAGACGCGACGGACAAGAAAUACGAUUAUAACGUCGAGCAGAAUUUUGCGACUAACGUACCAACCGCUGAAUAUUCCUGAGAACUAUCUGAACGAAUGGACUCGAUAGCAAUGCGAACUUGCGAUAUCGCAAAUCCCAAAACUCGCAAAUGCCGUUCACUUAAUGUCGCGCGGAAGCUCGUACGUUAAGAAGGAUAUUAUCCUUCUUAGGAAAGAUAUUAUCGAAAAAAGUCGCAAGAGAAAGUCAGAAAUCAAGGUUUCACGGAAAAUUCAGAUUUCAUAUUCAAUAUUUCAUAGCUGAAGUAUCCAAAGUCGCGCGAGAGUACCGGGAUCGCAAGAGCGAAACACUUUAUAUCUUUUCGAUAUUCGCUCUCGUUGUACUGAUCUUCAUUUUAGUCGCGCGCUUAUGCAACCGCGAGCAAACAGUUCCGCUGAAACGAACGUUGCGAACUCCAAGACAAUACGAGUUUCCGUGUGCUCAAUAGUACCGUUAUUGAUCUCAUCGGAAGAACCGUCUGACUUCUCAUUAUCAUUCCAUAUUUCUCUGUCGCUCGCGCGCUCCAUUAAUUUUAGCGAUUCCUGUAAACAGACACGUAAAUAUACACUUUAGGAUCUCGCGCA